AUGCGUGAAACAGUGGGUAGGAAUACGCGAACAGAUGAAAACGUAUCCGAUGGCGUACGCGAGGAUCUGGAGUUCAAGACUCACUUCUCAGUGCUUGUGGCGAAGAUCAUGGACAGCAUGGCGCAUGCGGGGGUUAUAUCCAUGUACUUUCCAGACACCAUCCGCUUUGCGCUAUUCCACACUUUUGGUCUGUGGAGUGGACUGGCCGGCGCACAACACACCCACGGCCGAUCAGUCGCACUCACACACAACUCAGCCACAACGACAGCGGAGGGCUUCUAUUUCAACCAACACUCCACCACAUCAAGUAUGUUGAUGUGGAGGGGUGCGGGGCUGCCUCUGCCCUAA